AUGGCCAACAACGUUUUUGCUGAUGAGUCAGAAGCGGAGGAAGACUUUGCAUCUGUAAUAAUUCAUUCGAGGGUGACUGCUACUACUAUUAACUUUGACCAAUCCCUCUAUCAUAUACUCAAACAAGAGGGAUACUUUCGGAAUGCAGUCGAUGAUGAUCCUCACUUGCACAUAACAAACUUUCUAGAAGUAUGCUCUCAGCAUAUCCAAUGGGGUGUGACUCAAGAAGCGGUUCGGCUGAAACUCUUCAAAUAUUCGUUAGCCAGAGAAGCGAGAAAAUGGUUCACAAAGCUGCCUCUAAACUCUAUUGCUACAUGGGAAGAGAUGGUCAAAGUGUUUCUCAGGAAGUGGAGUCUGAACCAUGAUUUCCCAAAUCAAAUUCUGAAAGAGAAGUUCUACAGAGGGUUGGAUCCUAUGACCCAAGCAAUAGCCAAUAAUACUGCUAGCAGGGCACCAUCGAUCCAAAAUAUUGGGAAGGAUAGCCAGGAGACGCAGCAGACAUUGGCACAGCUGGCCACUAAUAUCUCUUUACUGACGAAGAGACUGGAUGACAGAGAGGCAAAGAAGGUGAAUGUUUGUGAAGAUAUCUCAGGCAUGCUGCCUGGAAUAGACCAAUGCCAUGAGGGUCCAUAUCAAAAGGGUCCCCCUCCGCCAAUUGAGAAUGUUCAAUAUGCAAACUAUAUAGCAAAAGGGGAUGCUCCUGGGCCAAAUACGAGAUACUGGAGGCCUCAACAAGGGCAGGGUGCAUAUAACAACAACCAAGGGAAGUUCAACAACAACCAAGGGAACUACAAUAACAACUAUGGUAGAGCGAACCAUGGUAGAUACAACAACAACAAUGGUAACUUCAAAAAAAGAAGUUCCAACCCUUAUAUUCCACUGAAAGGGCAGUCUAAUGAUCAAGGUAGUUCGAAGUUGGAGUCAAUGCUUGAAAAAGUAUUGGCAAGUCAGACGAAUACUGAAAAGACAUUAUCUGGGCUAUCAGAGACAGUGGUUUCUCACUCAGCGUCUAUUCAAAACCUUGAACAGCAGAUGCGUGAUCUUUUCAGAGAGCAGCAUCCUGUUAGAAAAAGAGGACUUCCUAGUGAUGCUCUUCUAAACUCGAAGAAUGGUGGUGGUGCGGAACGUACUUUUGCUAUUAGCACGAGCAGCGGUAAAAUACUUCAAAGUGCUGACAAGAAAGUGAUCAAUCUAGAUCCAAUUAAUGAGGAAGAAGAGGUGCAGUCUAAUGUGCCUAUUGUGGAUGAUGAGGUCCAUGGUGAAGAAAAAGCUGUUGAUAUUCCAGAGAUUGCUGCUGAUACUAGGAAAUAG